GGGUUUGCUGGGAAGAAGUCCAGAAAGGAGUCGAAGAAAAAACCAAAGAGAGAGAGAGAGAGAGAAAAUUGACCAAAAGUUUUGCGAGGCAAAGGUGAAUAGAGACUGAAUCAAUCAAAUCACAAGAGGGAAAAUAAUAAGAAAACCUCAACAAAUAUUUGAUUUGUUCAGUCAACAAACUACAACGAGAAUAAUGGUGGAUGGUAACGAAGGCCGAGUCCCUUCUUUCGUAAACUCGGCAGGGAGUUGGGAUUCGUGAAUUGAAUCUGGAAAGUUUGUGCUUUAUUUUUUGAGUUUAGAGUGGCUUUUGGCAUCUGGGUUUUCGAUUUUAAGCAGAAAGUUUGAGUUUUUGUGGGGUGUUUUUGUUUUUCCUAACAAUGGCAGAAAGCUAAAUGGGAUUUUGUUUGUUGGGUGAUUGAGCUUGGGAAAAUAAGGGCGUGGUGUGAUCUGUCGUGUGGGUUUUUAGUUUUCGGAUGAAAAGGGGGGGUACUUGGCCCCCUUUAUUGCAUUGUUUUCAGAAAUAUAGGCAGUUAAUAAGCUUCUGGGUAGCCUAAGAUUAUAAUUAUUUACGAAAGCUGUGUGACUUGGUUGCCCCGGGAGUGUUUUUGCAAAAAGCUUUUGGAACUUUAGAUACCGGUGCUGUGCUUUGAGAGGGUGGAGUUUUGUUUUUUGUAUGAAUUAUGUUGAGACAGAUACUAAAUAAGCUUCCCCGGAAGUCUUCUAAGAAGGCUGAAAAUCGUGAUGGAGCCCAUACAUUGUAUUCGAAUCCUCCCACCAGUUCAAGAAGCAAUGAUUCAGGGACCAGUAAGUCUGGGAAUUUGACAACAUCUUUCCCAUCCGGAAAUGUUGUUGUUGAUGUGGUGAAAAGUUACAGCAACAAGAAUGCGAGGGGUGCAAAUAUGAAGCCGAAUGGCUUCGCAUUCUCUUCUUCGUAUGAAGCAUUGCCUGGAUUUAGAGACGUUCCAAACGCUGAGAAGCAGAGCUUAUUCAUUAAAAAGCUGAGUUUGUGCUGUGUUGCAUUUGACUUCACGGACCCAACAAAGCACCUGAAAGAAAAGGAGAUCAAGCAGCAGACACUGUUAGAGCUGGUGGAUUAUGUGACUAAACCAAACAGUAAAUUUUCAGAAGAUCUUAUGCAAGAACUCAUAAAAAUGGUGUCUGCAAAUUUGUUUAGGGCGUUCACCCCACAGCCACGUGAGAAUAAAGUUGCAGAAGGCUUUGAUUUGGAAGAGGAGGAGCCUUCAAUGGAUCCUUCGUGGCCUCAUUUGCAAGUAGUGUAUGAGUUAUUGUUAAGGUUUGUCGCAUCACCUGAGACAGAUGCAAAAUUAGCUAAAAGAUAUGUUGAUCACUCGUUCAUACUUAAGUUGCUGGAUCUUUUUGACUCUGAAGAUCCUAGAGAAAGAGAGUAUUUGAAAACAACACUGCACCGAGUUUAUGGAAAAUUUAUGGUGCAUCGCCCAUUCAUUAGGAAGGCUAUUAACAACAUCUUUUAUCGUUUCAUCUUUGAGACCGAGAAGCAUAAUGGGAUUUCUGAACUCCUAGAAAUUUUGGGCAGUAUUAUAAAUGGGUUUGCUCUACCACUGAAAGAAGAACAUAAAUUGUUCCUCGUUCGGGCUCUAAUUCCCCUGCAUAAGCCAAAAUGCUUAGCUAUGUACCAUCAGCAGUUAUCUUACUGCAUUAUGCAAUUUGUAGAGAAAGAUUGCAAGCUUGCUGAUACUGUCGUAAGGGGUUUACUGAAGUACUGGCCUAUCACUAAUAGUUCGAAGGAAGUAUUGUUCCUAAGUGAGUUGGAAGAAGUGUUGGAAGCAACUCAGCCAUCUGAGUUCCAGCGGUGCAUGGUUCCCCUAUUUCGCCAGAUUGCUCAUUGUUUGAACAGUUCUCACUUUCAGGUGGCAGAGAGAGCUUUAUUUUUGUGGAACAACGAUCACAUUGAGAACUUAAUCAGACAGAAUCGUAAAGUUAUACUGCCCAUUAUCUUACCUGCAUUGGAGAAAAAUGCUAGAAACCAUUGGAACCAGGCUGUUCAUAGCUUGACCCUAAAUGUCCGAAAAAUUUUCAAUGAGCUUGAUCCCGAGCUGUUCAAGGAAUGCUUACUCCAGUUCCAGGAAGACGAGUCAAAGGAUGGCGAGGUUACGGCACGACGUGAAGCCACAUGGAAACGCUUGGAAGAAGUUGCUGCAAAGAAAUCUGCGAGCAACGAAGCUGUGCUUGUUUUUGGCAAAGCACCUCCGCGCACUACUUCACUUUAGCCGAAGCAGGACACUUGUUGACAGUACAAUGACAUCAAAUUUCUAUCAAUCGAAAACGGGAUUCGUAGUAUUGUACCGUGGUUCAGGUGGUGAAAUGCUCGUAUUUGCUAACUGCUCACUGGUACUGAAUAUUGCAGGAUCAUUGUGUAUGUUGUAGUUGUAGCUAGGAAAUGGUUCUGGCAGAUGACCAGAGUCCCAAGAAAACAUUCUGCCUCAUUGAUUGUUUUAUUAAGUUAAUUUUCUA